GGCUCACUUACAACAUGGAUGGCACUCAGAGACCGUCAGCAGUCCUCGACUCGCUACCGUACUAUGACAGCGAUCUCGAACAGUAUCCCAUUCUCAAGGAGAAGGUGGAACAGGAACUGGCACGAGAGCCAAAGCCACCACAAGGUCUGCAUCCACUGGUUCCCCCUCCCUAUGACCUAUUCAAGAACAAUCCGAUGCUGGCUGCGGAACUAGCACGCGUGGAGGCUCACCAGCCUCUGCCACCCCUUGACACCGUCAGAUACCAACUGCCUGCACCCACGACGUCACCAGGCACCGAUGAGGAAUGGCAAGCAGCGCUCCGCAAUGCGCACGCUCAGCUGGAGCAUCAACGUAUUCGGCACACCAAUCUCGCCCUGCUGCAGUCGUAUGGUGCUAAUGCGUGGCGAAUACAUAACUACCGCCUAGAGGAGGCAGCAAAACAAGCCGAGAAAGCGUUGGAAGAGCUAAAGGAGAAGACGGUCGAGCUGAACAGACAACGCAAAAACACGCAGACCAACUACGGCGCGCAGCUAACAGCACUGGAAAUAAAAUGGACAGAGCUGCUGUCCAGCAUUCUGCAGAUAGAGAUGGCCAAUGUCGCGCUGGACGCAGAAGUGAGUCGUAUCCACAAGCGAGAGGCAGAGCUGGAGAACAUGUAGCGUAGUACUGUUAGCAUUCGAUUUUAGCAUUUGCACGCUGGUUUUUGGUCCCAUAUGAAUGCCUAAAAUGGUUGAUUUCCUGCUGCCGAC